AUGACUAAAUUAUUCAUCACCGGUGUCACGGGAUACAUCGGCGGUGACUGCCUAGCCACGCUUGUUGCCAACCACCCUGAGUUCUCAUAUUCCACUCUUGUUCGCACCACCGAAAAGGCCGACCAGGUGAAAGCCCAAUACCCAUUUGUCCGCAUCAUAAUCGGAGACUUAGACGACUCAGCAUUGCUGGAACGAGAAAGUGCCACCGCAGACAUCGUGCUGCACACUGCAGAUGCGUCAGACCAUGUGGGAGCUGCGAAAGCCAUAAUUGCCGGUCUGGUAGCCGGACAUACCAAGGAAACCCCGGGCUACUUGCUACACACCGGGGGAACUGGCAUCCUGACGUGGGAGGACAGCGACAAGAACGAAUACGGGAAUAAAAGCGAGCAUGUGUACAAUGACUGGGAUGGAGUGGAUGAAUUACUCAAUUUGCCAGACCACGCAUUUCAUCGGAACGUUGACCAGCUCGUCCUCGGAGCUGGAACCCACCAUGCCGAUGUGCUCAAAACGGCGCUCGUUUGUCCGCCUACUAUCUACGGUACGGAUUUGCCAAUCUCUACACAACAGAAACAUAUUAUUAAAUCUUCAGCAGGCAAAGGACGUGGCCCAGUUAACCAACAUUCGCGCCAGGUAUAUGUUUUAGCGAAUAUGACGCUCCGUCGCCAGAAGGGCCCGAUAAUCGGCGCCGGCCAGUCAAUUUCGAAUCACGUCCACGUCCACGACUUGAGUGACGUCUAUGCUCUACUUAUUGACGCAGCUAUUGCAGGUCGAACUGAUGACGGGCUCUGGGGUCCUAGGGCCUACUACCUUACCGAGAACGGCGAACACUGCUGGGGUGAGCUAGCUCAAGCUACAGCAGAGGCAGCCACAAGGCUAGGAUACCUGCCCGAGGCAAAGACGGAGGCACUUGACCCCGAGAGCGCCAAGAAUCAUGCAGGAUAUGAAUCUCUCAGUUGGGGGAUGAACUCUCGUGGUCGCUCACAGCGGGCACGCGAGAUUCUAGCUUGGAAUCCCUCACAACCCUGUCUAGUAGAUGAACUACCGGAUAUUGUUCGCGUCGAGUGGCAGCGACUGCAAAGUUCUUCCUAA